AGCUCCACAACCCUAAUAAGCUUGGCUGCCAUUAGCAGUCUCCACUGCACUGAGCAAAUUCAUCCAUCAGGUCAGUCCGUCCAUGGCCGUGUCGACGACGGUUCUGUCGUCACUGCUGCUCCUCGUGUGCUUCUGCUGCGAUGCCUUCCUCCCUUCGCUAGCCUCCUCCGAGGAGAACUUCCUUGGAUGCCUGUCGGAGAAGAUACCGGGCGAGCUCCUGUACACGCAGAGCUCGAGCGGCUUCAUGUCCGUACUGACGGCGUCCGUCCAGAACGCCAGGUUCGCGACCAACGCCACGGUGCGGCCGGCGUGCAUCGUCACGGCGUCCGACGUCGCCCACGUCCAGGACGCUGUGCGGUGCGGCCGCCGCCACGGCGUGCGCCUCCGCGUGCGCAGCGGCGGGCACGACUACGAGGGCCUCUCGUACCGGUCCGUCCGCGCCGAGGUGUUCGCGGUGCUGGACCUCGCGAGGCUGCGCGCCGUGCGCGUCCGUCCCGGGGAGGCCUCCGCGUGGGUGGACUCCGGCGCCACGCUGGGGGAGCUCUACUACGCCGUCGGCAUGGCCAGCCCCACGCUGGCGUUCCCUGGCGGCGCGUGCCCGACGGUCGGCGUCGGAGGGUUCCUGAGCGGAGGCGGCAUCGGCCUGAUGAUGCGCAAGUUCGGCACCGGCGCGGACAACGUCCUCGACGCCAGGGUCGUCAACGCCGACGGCGACCUCCUCGACAGGGCGGCCAUGGGGGAGGAUCUGUUCUGGGCCAUCCGGGGCGGAGGCGGCGAGAGCUUCGGCGUGGUGGUGUCGUGGAAGCUGAAGCUCUCCGUCGUCCCUCGGACGGUGACGGUGGCCAAAACCGACAGGGCCUUCGACGAGAGCACCGCCGCCGUGCUCGCGAAAUGGGAGACGUUCGCGCUGAGGCCGUUCAUCCCGGACCUGACCAUCCGCGCCGUGGCGCAGGGCAACAGGACCGUCUUCCAGACCCUCUUCCUCGGCAGCUGCUCGCGGCUGGUGGGCAAGAUGGACGCCUUCUUCCCGGAGCUGGGCACGAGGGCGGGCGACUGCAGGGAGAUGAGCUGGGCGCGCGCCAUGGCGUUCAUCACCCUGAGCAGCUCCGACAUCAACGUCCCCCUGGAGGGGAUGCUGAACCGCACCAACAACCUGGGCACCUACGUGAAGAACAAGUCGGACUACGUGCGGUGCGCCGUGGGCAAGGCGGGGUGGGAGAGCAUCUACCGGGAGCACCUCUCCCGGAACGGCGCCCUGAUGAUGAUCAUGGAGCCGCACGGCGGCGUGGUCGGCAGCGUCGUCCCGGACUCCUUCACGCCGUACCCGCACCGCAGCGGCGUGCUCUACAACAUCCAGUACGUGGCCUUCUGGUGGGCGGACGGCGGCGCGGCGGAGGCGGCCAACGGGUGGAUCAACGGGCUGUACGGGUUCAUGGAGCCGCUGGUGAGCAGCAACCCGAGGGAGGCGUUCGUGAACUACCGCGACCUGGACAUCGGGCAGAACGCGGUGGGCGACGACGGCGUGACGACGUACGAGAGCGGGAGGGUUUGGGGGGAGAAGUACUUCAUGGGGAACUUCCACCGGCUGGCGACGGUGAAGGGGAAGGUGGAUCCCGGCGACUACUUCAGGAACGAGCAGAGCAUCCCGCCGUUCCUACCCGUCUAGCCUUUCCUUCCUGCAACGAGUGAACUUCUUAAAAGAAAAAAAAAGAGAAGCUGUAACGAUUGAAGGCUGAAGAGUGCGGAUUCACGUGUACGCCAGCCAACAUGCUUGAAUGUCACAUUGUGUUUGUCUUGAAUAAGGAAUAAAGAUCGGGACCGAUUAUAUGUCA